AUGAAUGGGCAAGAUAUGCCAAUGGACGCAGCAAGUUUUCUACCUUUAGUUCUUCAGGCACAAGACCUUGUUUGUAAAUUAGAAAGUAGAGUUGUCGAGUUGGAAAAUGACCUUGAGACCAUUAACGAGGCGCACGAACAAGAACGGGAGCAGCUACUUCAAGAAAUUGGUGAAAAGGAUGAAUAUAUCCAUAAUUUAAAAACUAAAGUUAGUCGCCUCGAAUUCGGAGCACGAGAAGCAAUUGUUGUGCUUGCGCGGACAUCUACCGAUUUAGAGGGACAAUUUCUUGAUAGUAUAAAGUUAUGUUUGAACUAUUUGAAAAACUCACAAAAUAAUGUUAAAGUUCCUCGAAAUAAUGCUGGACGACGUCAUCACCGCGGUCAUGAAACCCCAAAAAGGCGUCAGAGUCAGCUAAGUGACUUUGACACUGCUAAGAAUAAACAGUUGCCGCCGCAUCCAAUUGUUCCUGUUCGACUUGCUGUAGAAAAGAAACCCGUUGAAGAUGAUAAUGAUAAUGUUGAAACUCAUCGAUGUGGAUCCUUUAGUAGUAAAUUUUCGCUUGAUGAACUGGACGGUCUAGAAGAUUUGGAUGGAUCAGAAGAUAUUGCAGCUUUUGACCUGCUGACUGAUGAUGAAGAUACUAACAAUGUUGAAGAAACAAAGGAGUCAAAACUUGUUACUUUACAUGAAGAACCCCAGGGAUUUGUCGGCAAUGUUAAACCCGAAGAUAACGAACAUCGUAAUAAAGACAUUAAUGAUAAUCAUAUGCAGGAUUCAGAAUAUUACAAAGAACAUAAUCAUCAAAACGAAGAGACAAGUCCCAUCGAGAAUGUUUCUCAUCAAACUCAAAGCAUUUGUCCUAAUUGCGAGUCCUUACUAGCUCAAGUAGAUCAACAUAUUGAGGAACGAGCAUAUAUAAAACGUGAUCUUUCAGCGCUUGCUAUUUCAUUAUCAGAGGAACAAACCCUUCGUAUGCAAAUUCAGUCCGCCAAAGAGGAUUUGGAAUCAGAAAUUGACGAUUGGGUAAACGCCAUGUUCGAAAAAGUUAACCAAAUGGUCUUUGAUGAAGCAAAUUCACGAGAAGAUCUAGAAAUAUUAAACCGAGAGACAAAGGGAAAAUUAACUGAAGCUCUAAAAGCUUCCGCUUCUCGGGAAGAUCGUCUGCGUGAGAUGAAAUUACUUUUAGUUCAUUUGGACUCUACAAAACAAAGACAGGCAGUACAAACUUCAACACCUGCUCCCGGAGGCGUACUAAGUCGAGCAUCUAGCAUUAGAAGAAGUAUAAUGUCUAAUUCUCCUAUAAAUAGUCCACGCGCUAGCAGGAACUUUGGCCACAUGUCACCCAGUUUAUUCUCUGCUUCAAUUGACGAUCUCAUGUAUUCAAAAGGCAAAAAAGUAUAUCUUGAUGGUAUUGUAUAUGAAGAAUUCCAAGAAUACGUCAAGGCUUUUACGACAUCUCCUGCGCCCAAUAAUCUUAAUCUUAAUGCACCUUUCAUGAAACGUUGUAUGUCUGAAGAUAUUCAACCUUGUCUGUUUGAAGGAAAAUCCGGGUGGAAAUCACCGUUCUAUAAAAGACGCCUGUUAGAAGCAAUAAUGAAGAAUCAAUGCGAAAUUCAGACAAUCUACUUUAAUUCAUCUAUGCCAGGCACUCCAACCACCAGUCAAAUCAGCAUCUCAUCUCGAUCUAGCUACCAAGAACCGCCGCCACCACCGAAAGUAAAAUGUGGUUUAUGCGGAUGUUUAAGGAGUUGUGAAUAUAGAAUGAGAAUAUCAGGUCCAGAUGCAGCAGUGCCACCGACAGCCACUACACUUGCCUCGUCCGCACGCUUGUCAGUCACAGAGAAACCUGGAUGGAUUCCGCUUGAUCGUUUCUGUCGGGAUCGUGUUGUAGCUGUUUGUGAUUUCUAUGCUUACCUUUCACAUCUUCGUCAAGGAUUGCUAGCAAAUUCACCUGUUUGGGGAAUGUACAAACAAUGUCUCAAGUAUCGAAGAAAAAUGGGGAUGGCUCGUGUUGGCAGUAUUAGCAUGUUUGAGCAAGACGAUGGCAAUGACUUCGAGAAUGCGGAUAUGGAAGGAAUGGUAGUCAUUGUUCAUUAA